AAUCGCGGUUCUGAUUGCGAACUCUUUUUCCCCUUCUUUUUCCCUUGUUUAGUCUUUGUUUCGUUUCUCCGUUUCUUGUUUUGCUUCAGCUAAUUCCAUGUCCGAUCAGUCUUCCCAGCUCGCUGAGCCGUUCCAAUUUCGACGGCCCCUUUGAUCCGGCGAUCGGAGGAUAUCGUAUCUAGGGCUGAAUCGAUGCCAUAAUGGGCUUGUCGUCGGUUGCGAGCAACAGCGAGGGCAUGCAAUUAUGUAUCUUCGACCUGAGAAGAGGCCAAAAUGAGGGGCAAGAGCUGGACAAGAUCUUGUUCUUUUAUCCCGCUGAUUUGCCCUUCUCCACUCAGCUCUCUGUCAUUGGCCUGAGCGAGGGCCUCAUCACCUUCACGAGGAUUUUCUCUCCUGAGGCUGCUUGUGAGGUCAUUGAAGCAGAGAGGCACUCUCAUGUGUUCUUUGAGGCAGAACCGGAUAUUUGGAUGGUCAUGAUUGUUGAGAAAAACAAGGAAGCAGAAGCGGUUUGGAGAGUCGGCGCUUUGAGAAAUGUCCUAAAGGAAGUCCACUCUCUUUUCUUGAUGUUCCAUGGGUCUAUAAGGUCAUUGCUUGAGAAGGAACCAGCUGCAGGAUUGAUCAGAUCUCAACUGUACAUAUUCAUCAUGGAUUAUCUUAGUGCAUUUGAAAAGCGGUCUCCAUUGGAUUACUGCUGCUGGGAUUUUCUCUCUUCGAAGAAACUCCAGUUACCAUCAUUCCGUGAUUCUUUGAAGGAGCGUGGAACUGUACAGAUGCUGACUGUAGGACGUGAGGCUGCAAUAGAAGUUCAGUCGCUUGUCAGGGUUGUAGAAUCGUGCACUGGAAGCCCAUCAUGCCACUCGUUGCUCUUGUUUCAGGACCUUCUAGUUUCUACGACACUUUCUCCAGAUGAUGCCAUCAAUCUAUUUACAUAUGCUGUACUAAGAUUGACUCCUCGUGCUCUCUCUACGGGAUCGAGCUCCUGGUCCUAUCUACUUAAGGGAAGUACUGCAUCCGCUGCCGUGACAGGGCCUGCUGUGGGAAGCCCGACUUCUCUUUCAGAACCUUUCCAUGGUUCACAUGGUACCUCCGCAGGUGACGAUCAGAGUCAUGCCAUGAGACCUCUGCAGCAUGACAGAUGGUCCAGAGGAAACGACGGUUUUCUUGUCACAGAUAUCUGGCAAGCUGAGCCUGGGAGCUUAGUUUCUGUCACCCCGUCAAUUUGGCUCCAGCAGACUGAAGAGAAAAUGUAUCUCUGUGCUUAUCAGCACAAGAGCCUUACCUUGAUCGUUCUGAUUCCUGUGUCCUCUGUCAUUAAUGGGGAACAAGGCAUUUUCGCUGUGAAGCAGCUAGUUCUCGAAAACGCAUCGUUGAAGAUGUUGAAAGUUGAAGAAAAGCUUUCAAAAGGAUGGGGUGGCGAGAAUGCGUACCAUGUCAGUGGAUACCGUUAUUUGCUUGUAGAUGGUGACAGAAACUUAUCCCGGGCUUCGCCGCCAGGCAAAGUUACUACACUAACAAAGGAUUCUUUGCUUGCAUUGAGUAAACUCAGAGAAGAGGUUGACAUAGAAAAAAGCAGGGCAAGAUGGGAUGAUGAUGAUCAUGAGAAAGAACUCGAAAUAUGCACUAGGGCUAGAAACAAUGCGUGGGUUAUCACUCGAGUUACAAGGGGAAAAGAGCUUUACAUGGUUCUUGAAAAUGCGAACGAGACCCUUCUUUAUGCCUCUGAUGCUGUUCAGAAGUUCAGCAAUAGGUACUGCAAUGGAGCCUUCUCCUUGGAUUAAGAAUAUCCAGUUUUGCAAACACUUGGAGCAGUUUUAGCAGAAUGUUGCGAGAAGCUAUAAAUAUCCCUUGCUUGUACAUUUACCUGGAGAGCAGAUGCGAGGUACGGGUGCCCCUCCUCUGUGCAUCACUCUCACUUCACCGUAGCAUAGGAAAAGCUGAUUAUUGUAGUUUGCUUUCUUCCAUCUUAUUGUGCUAUAAAAUUUUGGCUGUCAUGCUUUUUGGGGGUUGGGAUUCUUACUACUGUGCUUUUUUGAGAUGAAAGGGUCACAAUGUAUUUGAGCCGUAGGAGACACUGGUAUAUACUUUCUCCAAUCUACAAGAUGUUUACUGUUUAGUUUUAGUGGCCUCAUCGCCUUUUGUGACAUCUUAUGUAGAAGUUUUUGGUUCUUCUCUGUGAAUAUCUCCUGGGUGAAACGAAAAUGGCA